AUGACAUUAACUGAUACAAGUAAAAAUUCACCGAAAUUAACUCAUAGUUUUUCUAUGAUUGAUGACUUAAAUAAUAAAGAUCAACAUCGAAAAUUUAAACGAAUGAAUCCAUCAAUAUUUAAUUUAUUUUCAUGGCAUCGACAAACAAAUAUUUUAAGAAGAAAAAAUAAAACUUUACAAUUACAACAAGAUAAUUCUCUUUUAUAUCGUCCAUCAAUUUUAACAACAUCAGAAUUAUCAAGAUCUAUAUCAAAUAGAUCAAUAACAUUUGCAUCAGUUUUUGAUGAAUUAGAAAAUGAAAAUAUUCAGAAAAAUAAUCAUUCAGUAAGAUUUAAAAAAAAAACACUAUUUUUAUUAAUAUUAUAUUUAUUAUAA